AAUACUGAUGGAGACAGUAUGGUAUAGCACAUACCUAAGCUACAACAUAGUUGCGUGUUGCGCGCUGUACUUGGGAUAUAAAACUCAAAAUGGACAAAAAGGUUAUAGAUCAAAAAGAAUAUUUAAAAAAAUACUUAUCUUCAAAAAAUGAAAAGAAGAAAAAGAAAAAGAUUAAACUGGGAUUAAAAACAGUAAAAAUCAUUGAUGAUGACAUAGAGCUGAAGAAUUUAAGACCAAUGGAAAAGAAUGAAUUGGAUAUUUUCACCAAUGCAGAAGAUGCACCUCAAAUUGCUGGUGUUGUAGAUGAACGUGGUCCGGUUGACUUUUCUGAUAAAAGAAGAUGGAAAAUAAUAGCUAAUGACAAAGGUGACGAUUUAACUAUUCCUAACAUUGAUAGAGAAAAUAAGCAACUCAAAGAAGUUAAGAACAUUUCUGACGACGACUUAAGUCCACCAAGGCAAGAAAAGAAAUAUUUGGAUGAUGAUUUGUCUCCUCCAAGAUUAUCUAAAAAAAGAAAAAAAAAUUGGGCAGACGUUACAAGUAAAAUGUACAAACAUUAUAAAAAGAAUCCAGACAAGAGACAUGAUUCAGAUAUGAGUCCACCUCGUAAAAGGAACAGAGAUGAUCACACAAGUUCAAACAGAUUUAAGGAAGGUGACAGAGAUUACUAUAAGUCUAAAUCAAGCAAAUUUCGUGACAAAUAUGACCACGAUUUUAGUCAUCGUUCGUACAGAGAGGACUAUUAUACCAAGGAAAAGAGAUACAGGCAUAGGAAUAUCGAUAAAGAAUGUAGCGAAAAACGCAUGAAGAAAACAUUAGACGGAAAAAAGGCGGGAUUACAAGAUGCUAAAGCACUACGAGAAGAAACAGAGGCAUAUAGAAAACGAGAAGCUGAUCAUUUUCGCAAGCUUAGUAAAGAAGUUACAGGAGUUGGACAAGCAGCGAUUGUGCGUGAUAAAACAGGUAAAAAGCGUAACCUAGAGGCAGAGGCAAUAGAAGAACGAGAGAGGCAAAAACGACAAGCGGAAUUAGAUGAAAAAUAUGCUAAAUGGGGAAGAGGUUUAAAACAAGUUGAGGAUCGUGAAGAAAAGCUAAAAGAUGAUCUUUAUGAAAUGAGUAAGCCUCUAGCGAGAUAUGCAGAUGACACUGAUUUAGACAAGAUGCUUAGGGAACAAGAAAGAGAAGGUGAUCCUAUGUUAGAAUAUAUUAAACAAAAACAGAUAAAAGAAGGGAAGAGAAAACCAGAUCGACCAAAGUACGAAGGAUCAUUCAUGCCAAAUCGUUUUGGUAUCAAACCUGGUCAUAGGUGGGACGGGGUUGACAGAAGUAAUGGAUAUGAAAAACGAUGGUUUGAAGCACAAAAUGCAAAGAUAGCACGUCAAGAGGAGGCUUAUAAAUGGAGUACUUCUGAUAUGUAAAAUGCACGCGUUUUUUCAUUUUUUGUAUAUAUCAUACAAGUUACGUGUUAUGAACAUGGUUUAAUUGUCAAGCGAGAGAUCGGAGAUAUACAGGAUGUCGAAUUUUAGUAAAUAUUACAAGUAUUUUGACAUUUAUAUAUAUAUAAUAAUUAGUACAUCCUGUAUAUUCAAAAUGUAAAAUACAGUUUCUAUCAUCUAUAUUCAAUAAACAUGGUCUCAAAUUCGUUAACAA